CAACCCACAAAUUUCUAGAGAGAGAAUUCCGACAACAUAAUCAAACAUGACUAACGGAACUCCGACCGCCGUCCACCUCAUUCUUCUCACAAUACUAUUAGCAGUUUUGAAAGUUCACGGCGGCCGGAAUUCUAUUCCGGCCGACCACCAUAACCGCCGUUAUCUUAACCACAUUCAAAAACUUGAAUCUUUCAAAGCCUCAUUAGCCCUCAACCAAAACUCCACGUCACCUCCGCCUUCCACGUCACCUCCGCCAGCCACGUCACCUUCUUCGGGUCCUCGGGUAUAUCGUGUGACAACAUACGGGGCAGACCCGACAGGAAAAACCGAUAGCAUAAAAUCGCUGAUCGCAGCGAUCAGCGAUGCGUUUCAAGUUCUAAAUGAUGAUAUCUUGAUUGAAGGAAUCGCUAAUCUCGGAGGAGCACAAAUUAAUUUGGAAGGUGGAAUUUAUUUAAUCAGCAGCCCUCUCCGAUUACCCAAAACCGGCAAGGGAAAUUUUGUGAUAUAUGGAGGGACAAUAAAAGCUUCAAAAAACUUCUCAAAUGAUGGGUAUUUACUAGAGAUGACGUCAGAUGCUUCAAAUUCCAAUUACAAUUAUGAAUAUGUUACAUUAAGAGAUAUCAUGUUUGAUUCAAAUUUCAAUGGUGGGGGUAUUAAGGUCAUUAACUGUCUUAGGGUAUCCAUUGAUAAUUGUUACUUUGCCCAUUUUACAACUAAUGGUAUCUUGGUCCAAGGUGGGCACGAGACAAAUAUUCGUAAUUCGUUCCUCGGGCAACGAAUUACGGCCGGAGGGGACCCCUCGGAAAGGUCUUUCUCUGGGACGGCUAUUAAUUUGGCGGGGAAUGAUAAUUCGAUUAUGAAUGUAGUCAUUUUCUCGGCUUCUAUUGGGAUUGUUGUGUCGGGGCAAGCUAAUUUGAUCUCGGGGGUGCAUUGUUAUAAUAAGGCAACCGGAUUUGGAGGCACGGGGAUUUACAUUGGGUUACCGGGGUUGACUCAAACUCGGAUUGUGAACUCUUAUUUGGAUUAUACGGGGAUUGUCGCGGAAGAUCCGGUACAACUACAUGUCUCGAAUUGUUUCUUCCUUGGGGAUGCGUAUGUUCUUUUUAAGUCGAUAAAAGGCAAGAUUAAUGGAGUGAAUAUUGUGGACAAUAUGUUUAGUGGUGGUAAUAAGGGAAUUGAGAUUGUUCAAUUGGAUGAGAAGAAUGGAAAAUUUAAUGAUAUUGAUCAAGUAAUAGUUGAUAGGAACAAUGUGAAUGGAAUGAAACUUAAGGCGACGGUUGCAAAAGGGUUAGUAGAGGGAAAUGGUAGUUUGUGGAGUUUGGAUUUCAAUCCAAUUUUAUUGUUUCCUAAUCUAAUUAAGUCUGUUCAGUACACGUUGAUAUCGACACAAUUGGGAUCUUUUCCGAAUCAUGCGCUACGCAAUGUAUCGGAUAACCGAAUAGUGAUAGAGGCGAAUCAAGCGUUGCCUGCGAGUGUUUAUGUUUCAGUCGAUCAAGGAGCUUCAAGCAUCUAGACUCAAGUGUUUUUUAUUUUGUUUAAAUAUCCUAGAAUUUGGAGAAACAAAAAAGUGU